GUGGUCUGUGCGCACAGAAUCGCUAAGGCAGAGCAAUCAAGAGAGAGAGUGAAAGAGGAUAACAAAGAGAGAGAGAGAGAGAGAGAGAGAGAGAGAGAAUGGCUUUUGUAUCAAUGGGAACUUGGGUUUGCUCACAAACUCGAAUUCCAACAGCUUCUCUUACUCUCCCUACUGGUUCGAGCCAAAGAUUGAGCUCUGUGGGGUCUUUGAAAGGGGCCACAAAUGCCCCUAGUCGUUCUGGGUUGCUUCAUUGCUCCUUCGUCCCUGCCACUGCACUUUCUCUCUCUUCUGGUUCUUCUUUUUCAGGUUUGUCAUUAGGCUUGAACUUGAAUUCUAGUACUGGGGUAAGAAGAGAGAAAGGCCGUGGCCUAGUAGUGACUGCUCGGAAGUAUACUCUUUGUCAAACCAAGAGGAACAGAUCUCGAAAGUCUCUGGCCCGGACACAUGGCUUUCGCAAAAGAAUGAGCACCACCAGUGGAAGAGCAGUGUUGAAGCGUAGACGUGCCAAGGGACGAUGGAUCCUUUGCACAAAGUCCAAUCCCAAUAGUGGGAAACGUGCUUGACAUUUCAUCUUUUUGGUUGCAUUUCUAUUGGUAAAUCCAUUGAUGUCUAUUGCUUGAUCACUCAAACUUGGUUAGAUGUGAAGCUAUUGCCUUAAUAUGUUUUUAUUUGAGGAAUUCUUUUGUUAAUUGGAAAUUUGAUUUCACUCUUCCCAUUUCAUCUUCGGUUAUUCUUA